AUGAAGUUCACUCACGGCAUCUGGGAAGACCGCCGAGACACCCUCAUCUACAGUGCAACCGAGGUGGCACGCGUGACUCAACCUGAACCUGGUUCCAUCAAAGCGCUGUGCGCCACUCGCCAUGUUGCCCACCGUGGAAAUACUCUCAACCGCCCGACGAUCACCUUGAGCAUGUCAGCGGCUGGACCUGGCAUUAUCUCAUGUGUCGCGACACACUUCAAGGGCAUGAACAAAUCCACCGAACCCCGUUUCAAGCUGUUUCCCCGAGGCAAGACACCGUUAGAUUCCUUGGAUGUCGCCGUUGGGAACGAUAGUGGUUGCUCAACGCUCUCGAGCGGUGACGUGCAGGUUGUCCUGGACCACGCAGCCUCCAACUUCUGCCUGGACUUCCAAUCGACGGCUGGGGGGACAAAGGUGGCCCGUAUAGGCUAUCAAGGUCUACAAUAUAUUGUCGGUCCACCAAACCAACAUGCGCCGAUCCCGUUGGAAGCCAGUACAAAGAUUGCCGAUCCGUAUUACCGUCCCCAGCCGGGAGCAAGUGCGAAGCCCUACAUGUCCGUUUCUUUCGAUCUACAAGUAGGCGAGCUUGUGUACGGUCUUGGAGAGCGAUUCGGGCCACUUAGUAAGAAUGGGCAAAGCAUUGAUCUAUGGAAUGAGGAUGCUGGAACGUGCACACCACACACGUACAAGAACAUACCAUUCUUUUGGACGAAUCGAGGUUAUGGGGUUUUCUUUGACCAUUCGGAUGUUUUGUCGCUUGAAAUCCAGACCGAAAGACUAGCCAAGAUCCAGACUUCUAUCCAGGGUGAAGAGAUUAGAUGGUUCGUCAUACACGGCCCAACACCGAAGGAUAUUCUUAAACGAUAUGCCACCCUGACGGGGCAUCCGGCCCUACCCCCAGCAUGGUCCUUCGGCCUCUACCUCUCCACGUCGUUCAUUACCGAUUACAGUGAAGAGACUGUUACUCAGCAGCUCGAUGAGAUGGCGGAACACGGCAUACCUCUGUCCGUGUUUCACUUUGACUGUUUCUGGAUGCGCGAAUACACUUGGACAAGCUUCAAGUUUGACCCAGUCAAAUUUCCUGACGCUCAGAACUUCCUAGGAAACCUUCACCGGCGGGGUCUGAAGGUGUGUGUAUGGAUCAAUCCAUACAUCGCGCAAGAAUCCGAAGUCUUCGACGAGGCAAUGGAACAGAACUACCUGAUCAAGCGCCUCGAUGAUACUGUCUGGCAAGGUGACAACUGGCAAGCUGGAAUGGCUGUAGUAGACUUCACCAAUCCUGCCGCCGUCCAGUGGUACAAGGAUCACUUGAAAGUGCUUCUUAAGCUGGGAGUUGAUACGUUCAAGACUGAUUUCGGUGAGCGCAUCCCGUGGGAGAACGUGCAGUAUCAUAACGGCAUGGAUCCCCGACAAGGACACAACUAUUAUGCUCUCCUGUACAAUCAGACUGUGUUUGACGCUAUAUGUGAAGAGCGUGGCGUGAACGAGGCAGCUGUCUUUGCCCGAGCUGCAACAGCCGGAGGACAGUGUUUCCCAGUUCAUUGGGGAGGAGACUGUGAGUCGACCUGGUCAGGUAUGAUCCAGUCACUGCGAGGAGGUCUGUCCCUCGGCAUGUCAGGCUUUCCGUUCUGGUCGCACGACAUAGCCGGUUUCAUCGCCCAAGGCUUGUCCACGGACAUCCCUGACCCCAGCAUCUACAAGCGAUGGGUGCAGUUCGGGCUUUUGUCAUCACACUCUCGCCUCCAUGGCUCCCACACUUAUCGAGUACCGUGGCUAGUAGACGAAGAGUCCAUCCGAGUGCUGGCCAAGUUUUCACGAUUGAAAAAUACUCUGAUGCCGUACAUAUUCUCCCAAGCCAUCGAUUGCUGCAAUAGGGGGCUCCCGAUGCUGCGGGCCAUGGUCAUCGAGUUCCCCGAAGACAAAACAUGUGCGGCCCUCGACGAACAGUACAUGUUUGGCAGCAGUCUCCUUGUGGCGCCCAUUUUCAACGACAAAGGGACUGUCGAGUAUUACGUACCUCAUGGAACUUGGAUUGGCCUUCUUGACGGAAAGGCGCGUGUUGGUCCAGCAUGGAUUAGCGAAACGUUUGACAAUUUUCACCUUCCUGUGCUGGUUCGGGAAGGCCACGCCAUCUUGUUAGGAACAGGUGAUCGUCCCGAUUACGACUGGCCCAGUCAUUUAACAGCUCUUGCAAUUGGUAAGUUGCCAGCGGACGUGGCAUUGGAGGUGCCUGUUCCCUCGGCAUCUGCUGUAGGCACAAUUGAUAGUGUCCUGAAGAUCUCAGUUUCUGGGCAAGGCGACCCCCAGAUAGACACUGAGGGGGCUGGUGGCGCACCAAAGGUGCUUGUCCUUGGACCCGAUUCUCACUUGUGA